AUGACAUUGCUGAAACAAGAGGACUGCGCUGACAAGCCGGUAUCAAAGGACACUCAUUUGCUGCGCGGGCAUAAUCCCGUGCCCAGUGCGUGUCUCCGCCAGCGGGGGGCUGAAACCCUCACGACCGGUUCGGAAUGCGCGCUAGCAGCCGCAACUUUGUGCUGGGAGCUUUCGACGCCGCGUUCCGCUACUGCAGGUCGUCGUAUUUCUGCGAGUUCCGGCAUCUGGACGGGAUUUGCCCCCUACUUGUUUCUCCUCGUGCUCACUUUCCUCACGCUGCUGACUUCAGUCGCCAACGCACAGAUUGAAGUACCAGGAAGCGAUACGCCAAGCGCACAGAAUGACGCCGAAAUCUCCGCAUCCUUGAAUGCAAUCACGAGUAUCCUUGUCGCCCAGGACGCGAAGCGGCAAAUAGCCGGCGAAUUGCGAAAGGCAAUUGAAAAUGCCGGCACCGAAGUGGAUCGAGCAGAACUGAGCGAACGCCUGAAGACAGUCAACCUGGAACUUGUCCGGCUGGAAAACCAAAUCGUCAGCCUGGCCACCGGUUUCACCGAAAACGAACUGAAUCCGGCAGACGCUUCCUUCGAGCUACAGGAUGAAGUCGAGGAACUCAUUCGCCCGUUUAUCUGGACGCUGAAGUCGGCGACCGAAAAUGCCCGCGAAAUAGAGCAACUCAAACAAACCAUACUGGCGACGAGCGAAGCAACGGAUCAGGCGGAAAAGGCGAUCGAGCGCGUCAAGCCGAUGAUCGAGCGCGCACCCGCCGACAGUAUCCUGCGUGAGCGACUCGAACUCAUUCUUCAGGACUGGGAAACCCGGUUGAUCCUGGCACGUGAUCAGUCAAUCACCGUGGAACAGCAAUUGCGGUCGAGGCUCGACCAAAAAGUCGACCCCAGCGAUGUUGCAAGUCAGGCAUUCACCUCCUUCUUCAGCGAUCGGGGGCGAAACUUUUUCAUCGGCCUGUUCGCCUUCGUGCUUGUGAUUUUUGUCUCGCGCCUCAUGAGGCGUGUCCUGCUUACGUUGAUUGGCAGAAGCCGGAACCGCAGUUUUCCGGUUCGUCUGGGCACCUUGAUUUACGAUGCCUUGACGCUUUGCCUUGCAUUCGGGACCACGAUCGCAAUCUUCAAUUUCUACAACGACUGGUUCCUGACGGGCGCCAUGCUCCUGGCCUUUCUCACCAUCGGCUGGUUUCUUCUGAAGUCGCUCCCAAGCCUGAUCGAACAAGUUACCCUGCUGCUCAACCUGGGUGCCGUUCAGGAGGGGGAACGGGUCGUCAUCAACAAUGUUCCCUGGCGCGUCAGCAGACUUGACCUUUAUUCGGAACUUGAAAAUCCAAGUCUCAGAGGUGGACACUACACGGUGCCGGUGCGCGAAUUGAGAGGCCAGCAUUCAAGGCCCAUGGACGGCAAUGAAAAGUGGUUUCCUUCCGAGGAAGGCGACUGGGUCCUGCUCGACAAUGGCUUGUGGGCCGAAGUGAUCCUGCAAAGUCCGGAAGCGGUUCACCUGCGCGAGGAAGGCGGCGCCGUUUCCCACUUCACGACACCGGCUUAUCUGGAUCAGAACCCGAAGAACCUGUCCGACCGCUAUCGGGCAACGAUUGAGUUUGGCAUUGACUAUGCGCAUCAAGCCGACGCCGCUACACAGAUUCCGGGAAAAAUGCAGGCCUAUAUCGACGGUGCGCUUCGCGCCAAGUUUGGCGAGAAAGGCAUCCUGUCAACCUAUGUCACGCUGUUUCGGGCUGGUGCCUCAUCACUUGAUUUCGAGAUCGAAGCCGACGUCGGUCCCGGCAUGGGUCAUGUUUAUGAAACCGUCGAGCAUGCAUUGGCGCGCUUCGCCAUUGAAUGCUGCACCCAAAAUGGCUGGACGAUACCGUUUCAGCAACUCGUUGUUCAUCGAAGCGCCGACGGCUCUUGA